AGAAAAAAAAUCUCAUCUUCCAAUCCCAACCUGGUCUGGUGGAAUUCCUGAAUCCGGGUCGAUCGAGAGCUCACGAUGUCGGCCAUGGAGACCGACAUCAACGCGCCGCCGCCCCCCGCCCCCGCCCCCGCCGGCGCCGGCGAGGGAUCCUCCUCUGCCGCCGGCCCCUCCUCCCGCAAGCCCAACAAGCGCUUCGAGAUCAAGAAGUGGAACGCCGUCGCGCUCUGGGCAUGGGAUAUCGUCGUCGACAACUGCGCCAUCUGCCGCAACCACAUCAUGGAUCUAUGCAUCGAGUGCCAGGCGAACCAGGCCAGCGCCACCAGUGAGGAGUGCACUGUCGCUUGGGGUGUCUGUAAUCAUGCUUUUCACUUCCAUUGCAUCAGCAGGUGGCUCAAGACUCGCCAAGUGUGCCCGUUAGAUAACAGUGAAUGGGAAUUUCAGAAAUAUGGGCACUAGACACCACCUGCUGUCUGCGCUUGUUUGUUGCCACGGCUGCGCUACAAACACAAGCCGUAUCAUCUGCCGAACAGCUCCAUCGUUAGCUUCUUUUGAUGCCUUACAUCUAUCGCUGGACGUUUAUCGUGCGUACUUGUCCCAUACAGGGAUUGUGUUUGGAUGAUUUGUAGAGAGGGUACUGUAUGGCAUAAGAUCCUUCAUAUUAAUGUUCUGUGGGUCACAUAUCAACUUGCUAUUAUUGUAUUCAGCGGUUCUCUCUCUAUUUUGCCUUAAGCUGUGGUACCAUUUUAAGUCCA